UUUCCAGUUUCAGCCCUCCUGUAGCAGAACCCAGCUUCUCAGCUCUGAGAUGAGUGCCAAAAAGGCUUCCCAACCUAUGCUCAAUACCACAGGCAGCCUGCAGGAGGGAGAAAUGGGUAAAAUGUUCCAUGGGAAAUGUCUCAGAAUCCUCUCCCCCGAAUCUCCUGCUAAGCUUUACUGCUGCUAUGUAGUGAUCAUGGUCCUCAGUGUAGCUGUAGUUGCUCUUUCUGUUGCUUUGUCAGUCGUAAAGACAGAAGAGAUCUCAAUCAUAAAUACCUACGCUGCUUGCCCGAGAAACUGGAUUGGAGUUGGAAAUAAAUGUUUUUAUUUUUCUGAAUAUGCAAGUAACUGGACAUUCAGCCAGACUUUCUGCAAGGCACAAGAGGCUGAGCUAGCACGAUUUGACAACGAGGAUGAGCUGAAUUUCUUAAGCAGAUACAAAGGGAGUUUUGAUUACUGGAUCGGCCUGCACAGAGAGUCCUCAGAUCACCCUUGGAAGUGGACAGACAACACUCAGUAUAAUUACUCGCUUUCCAUCCGGGGAGUGGAAAGAUAUGCCUACCUGAACGACAUCGGGAUCAGCAGUGCCAGGGUCUAUACAGAUAAAAGAUGGAGCUGUAGCAAACUUAACAGCUAUAGCCUCCAAUGCAAAACUCCUUUUUCUCCUAUGUAGCUUUGAUCAAGAGAUGCUUUUUUGUCUGCUAUCUAUGGGUGCUACUCUUUCCCCUGUGGUCCCACACUGCUACCAAAACAGAUGAAGAAUAUUUCUUAACAUCACAAAUUGAAACCAUCUUGGAGAGCUACAAAUACCUGGAAUUUCGAGAACGUAGAUGAGUUUAAAAUAGAUGUGGUCACACAUACAUUAAGCCUAAAGUGCAACUAAUGUUAGUGAACUCUACUUUCAUGGUAGGAAGGUUUUUUUGUGUGCAGAGAAGUCCGUCUUUUGAAUUUAUGAGACCACAAAAAUGAGUCCCGCAAUGUGCAUGUGACCUUUAAUAAUGAAAGCAGAGUGACUGGGAUAGUGACAUGUAUCUGUAAUCCCAGCAAUGCACGGGUUGAAAUGGGAGGGUCACAGGUUCACUAGUGGAGACUAAAAGCAUGGAAAUGCUUUAGUAAGGAAAGGGAAGAUGAGAAUCCAUCUGUAGCAUCCCAUAAUUUGGAGAAACAUAUUAUACCUGCUUUUCAAAAUUCAAACCAACAUACAGAAGAAUUUUAAAAGUGUGAAAAAUUAAGAUUUACUUUAUACUCGUCAAUUUAAAACAUGAAGCAUAUUGGCGAAAUGUUUCUUUACCUUAGUUUGCAAUGUUCCUAUUUCCAACUAUACUGUUCUAAGUAUAAUUAUAAUUACUUAAUUAUUCUGUUCUAAGGAUAAUACAUUUUAUAAACAAAUGUCCUUUUAAUUUUUCCAUUUUAUUGGAUUUAUUUCCAUCAAAUGUGAGUUAAAUCCCUAAGCAUUUAAUAUUUAAUUUUACACUAGUGUGUACAUUAUUGGGCCUUUAAAAAAA